AUGAUUAUGAACAACCUGACGUUCGAACCGACAGAGUAUCUGAACGAUUUACUCGCUGUCACCACCAGCAACAUUGUGUCAUGCACGCGGUCGAAGCAAUCAGGUCGCCGUUAUCCCAUCACCCAUGGCCAGGAGGAUAAUGGGAUCUGCUCCGCAUUUCGACCUUCAACUUGUGUACUCUGUCGAAUUGGGCGACUGGUUGGUCUUACUGAGACCUUGUUUCUUUCGGUUGACCCAUGGUGUCUCCAAGGGGGCGAGAUGCCCAGUGUUUUAGGGCGCGAAUUUACUGACCGGAAAGUCCGUGGUUCGAAUCCGACCUCCGCCUCUCGACUUCCCCAGUCUAGGCUUGGGCAACCUGGCAGCAUCCCGACCCUCGUGCUUCCCCAUGGUGGCAUAGCGGGUGCUACAGCUGAACAAUGGUGUCUCCGAAACGCGCAUACAAACCACAUCAAACCAAUCGGUUCGAAUCCGGAUUCUUCUCAUCUUACUCUUCGUGAAUCUUGCGAUCCUGACGCAGUGGCUCGUGAUACCUAUGGUAUGGGAGUUAUUCCGUUAAAUAACCGUCUUUGCGCUAGUAAGUCAUUGGUCCGAUCUUCUCAUCUUACUCUUCGUGAAUCUUGCGAUCCUGACGCAGUGGCUCGUGAUACCUAUGGUAUGGGAGUUAUUCCGUUAAAUAACCGUCUUUGCGCUAGUAAGUCGAUUGGUCCGAUCAAGUUCAAUGCAUCUCAACACGGUGAACGAUACCUGGUUGUUGUGUUAGCAUAUGCUCUGGUAGACAUCGGUUCUGAGGAUAAUGUAGACAGCCUUUAUCAUGACUGA